AUGAAGCAAGUGGUCAGUCAGAGGCUUGAUAUCCAAAAGGAAGCCCUGGCUGAACGCUAUCUGGGACUACCCACGGAGGCAGGAAGAAAUUUGAGCGACUGUUUUGAAUACCUGCCAUCCCAGGUGAAAGGUAGAAUUGAAAGUUGGUGCGGACGUGAGGCAAGUUGUGCAGGUAGAGAGGUUUUGAUUAAAUCAAUUGCCCAGGCGGUACCCACUUAUUCUAUGAGUUGCUUUCUUCUACCUCUCAAUAUAUGCAACAAGAUGAGAAGUGCUGUGGCCAAUUAUUGGUGGGGUAGCUCUGCUGAUAACCGACACAUGCAUUGGAUGAGUUGGGAGCGUCUUAAUCAACCGAAACACAAAGGAGGCAUGGGUUUUCGGGACAUGAGGAGUUUCAACUUGGCAAUGCUUGGAAAGCAAGGUUGGCGCCUCAUCACGAGACCAAACUCACUUUGUGCGAGAGUUCUUAAAGGGCGCUAUUAUCAUGACACAGAGUUCUUGAGGACUACCCGGAAAAAGCACGCGAGCAGUACGUGGAGGGCGAUCCUAGCAGGCCUAGAUGUACUACAACGGGGUCUGAUCAGAAAGGUGGUCGAUGGAGAUUCUACUGCUAUUUGGGGUGAUCGAUGGAUAGCAGACCACUUUGAUGCUAGGCCAAUCACACCAAGAGUUGCCGGGCAUCCGAAUCUGGUUUCUGAACUGCUGACAACUAGCGGAUCCUAG